AUGUCGGUUGGCGCUGUCAUCGAGCAAUUCAUCAAGGCCAUCAACGACCGUGACUUUGCCACUCUCGAGGGACUGGGUGCCCCCCAUGCCACCUAUUGGACUGCUGGUCCCGAGGGCAAGCUUCCUUCUGCCGGCACCUUGACGUACAGCAAGAGAAUCGGUCACAUGCCCGCAAGUUUCGAACGCAUGAAGUCGUUCAGCUUCAGCCCCAUUGACAUCAUCGUCGACGGCGAGAUCGGAGCGGCCGAGGUUGCGAUCAAAGGAGAAGGGUUGGGCGGUCAAGGAUACGAGAACAGCGCGAUACUCAAAUUCGUCGUGAAGGGAGGCAAGAUCCAUUCAAUCAAGGAGUACAUUGACACCUCACCCAUAUUUGCCCUUAUGGCCGCCUCUGGUGCCGCCUAA